AUGAGCGCGCCAACGCCAAAUCUGACCGCUACGCCAGCGCUGGACCAGCCCAAAGUCGUCGAAUCGAUCGAUCGCGCGAAUAAUCCGGUGAUCGUCAAACACAACGGUGCUUCGCCGACGAUGGAGCAACGCAUGCUGAUUGUCAUCGCCACGGCUACAGCUCACGGCAGCUGGGGUGAGACUUGCUUCCUCGUCGAGAGCAAGGCUGACGGCAAUGCGUAUGCCUGCGUUUACGCCAGUCUGGACCUCCUUCGCGCCAGCAAUGCGGGUGAGCUCCUUGAUCAUAUUCAGAAGCACGGCUGCCUGACUCUGGACGCUGCUCUCAAGGCGCUUCUCGGAAACAAGAGCAUUCCACCCGCCGAAAGCAAGGAGGGCGACACCAAGGGCAUUCUGCGUAACCCACACAGCUUUUCCAGAGGCGGAGUGCGGUAUGUUCCCGUCAGCAACAUUGCGGUGACGACUCUGCGGGCGGUCAUCAUGUUCCUGCAGACGGGACACAUUGCCUUCGCGCCUCGCAGCACCAAGCUCACGGAGGACGAUUCGAGUGCGAGCAACUAUGAGGGCCCAGCACUUGUCUCGGCAGAGGGAGCGCAGGUGCAGUGGCCCUUGUCGAUGCAGGCGAGCGCCAAGUCGGUCUACCAUGCUGCAUGCAGGUUCGGCCUGAGCGACCUGCGUGAGUUGGCUGAAAAGACCAUCGAAAGCCAGGUGGAUGCAUCCAACAUCCUGGCCGACCUGUUUAGCCGCUUCACACUCAACCAUCCGGACCUUCGAACCAAGAGGCUCGAGUUCGCCAUCUCGCACUGGGACGACAUCAAAAAGCACCAUCGAACCGGCUUUGCCGAUGCCCUCUUCUGCCACGCCGAUCGACCGGGCGCAAAGGACGUCAUCGACCAGAUCCUGCAGCGUACCUCCAUCCCUGUUGCAGACAGCCACUAG